AUGGUGGUGACCAAGCUGCUGCGCCGGCCCCUGUUGGAGAUCCGCACUCGCGUAAGAGCACAGCAGACCAUCCCUUCGGCCACAACCCCUCCGGUAUCCUCCGCGACAGCCCCACCGUCUUCGUCCGACCCUGCUCAUCCUGGCAGUGCUCCUGACGUGGAGCGCCUCCUCGCCAAGUGCCCCUCCCUGCGGCAGUACCGGGCGCCUCUGUGGUACCUCUUCGACAUUGCUGGAACGCUUGCAACGACCAUCCCGCACGCCAUUCGUGGGGCGGCCACGCGGCGCCGCUGGCAUCCGCUCACGCGCGACCUGCUCCGCCUCCAGGACGGCGGUGUCAUCGCCAUUGACUGGGCCAAGCCCUUGCCCGCGGCCAACGCCCAUAUUAGCACGGAUGGCGAUGCUGGUGUCGCCAGUGCUGAUGGGGAUGAGCGCGGGGCACCGGUUAUCGUGGUGAUGCAUGGGCUGUGCGGUAGCAGCGAGUCGUCGUAUGUGCGCGUGCUGUUGGAGGAGGCGACACGGCAAGGGUUCGAGGUCGCCGUCAUGAAUGCGCGCGGGUGCGGGCGUGUGCCGCUCGUGAACCAUGUCGGCAUGCACGCGGCGCGGAUCAGCGACUUCCGCCACGCCCUGCUGCACGUGCGCAACUGCCGCCCCACCAGCCCCGUCUUCGCGGUUGGCUUCUCCCUGGGCGCAGGCGUCCUCGCCAAGUACCUGGGCACAUAUGGAAGCGACGCUAGGCUGGACGGCGCAGCCGUGCUCUCGCCAUCAUGGAACUUCCACCGCAAGCACUGGGCAUUUGACCUGUGGUCCCGCUUCGUGCUGAUGCGCUCCCUGCGCGAGUACGCGCGCGACAACCACCGCGUCCUGCGGGAGAUGGGCGUGUACGAGCGGGCCAUGGCUGCGAAGUGUGUGCGUGAGUUUGAUCACGUAGCAGUGGUUGGCCCACACAACUUUGCUGAUGUCGACGACUACUACACCCAGUCCAGCAGCAUCCACACAUCGCACAACAUCACCGUGCCCACGCUUGCCAUAUCCGCCGCAGACGACCCCGUGUGCUGCGUUGACGGCGCACCAAGCACGCCGGACGAGCUUGGCCCGGGCCUGGCAGUCGUCAUCACGCGUACGGGCGGACACCUUGGCUUCUCGCAGGGGGUGCUGGGUUGGAAUCACGUGAGCUGGAUGGAACAAGCAACACUUGACUGGUUCAAGGCGUGCCUCACAUCUGCGUGA